AUGUAUGCCACAUCCUAUGAGAUAGCGGAGGGAUUGCUUUGCUCGAAUCAUAGCCGACAGGUGCAAAUUGCUGCACUUCGGGUGAUCAAGGCAGUUGAUCCAUCUCUUUACGACAAUAAGCUGAUCAACGUGUUAGUAAGGCUGUUCCGAAACACUUGUCCUCAACCGACAAGUACUGGUGAAUCCCAAAUGGCUGUAGAUAUACUUAUGAAUUGUGUACCAGAGCAUCAACACACCGCCACAUUGCUACUACGUACCGAAUCUACACAUCCAGAUGAUCAUGAGAAAUGGAACUAUUUCUACAAAGCAGUGGAAAGCAGUGGACUCCAGGAUGACCUGGUCUGUUGGUCGUAG